AUGUCUGACACCACAGCCAGCAAGCCCACCACCCGGGCCAACGCAGACUACGAUCUAGGGACACCAAUCCCCAGCGACGCACCCGGUCUCCGUCAGGGCCUCACAUCGUAUGGCGACGCGCAUUUCUCGCUCUUCCUGCGCAAGGUGUUCAUCAAAGCGCUCGGCUAUAGUGAAGACGCACUCUCGCGCCCCAUCAUUGGCAUCGUCAACACCUACUCCUCCUUCAACCCCUGCCACGCCAACAUCCCACAGCUUCUCGAUGCCGUGAAGCGCGGCGUCCAGCUAGCCGGUGGACUGGCCAUUGACUUCCCCACCAUCUCGCUCCACGAGAGCUUCAGCAGCCCGACGAGCAUGUACCUGCGCAACCUGAUGAGCAUGGACACGGAGGAGAUGGUCAGGGCGCAGCCCUGUGAUGCCGUCGUACUCAUUGGUGGGUGCGACAAGACGGUGCCCGCGCAGUUGAUGGGGGGCCUAUCGGCCAACAAGCCCAUCCUCCACCUGGUGACGGGGCCGAUGAUGCCAGGCAGUCACAGGGGCGUGAGGAUUGGUGCCUGCACAGAUUGCAGGAACAACUGGGCCAAGUAUCGCGCCGGCACUAUUGAUAUUGAGGACAUCUCCGCCAUCAACGAGGAGUUGGCGCCUACGGCAGGCACAUGCGGCGUCAUGGGCACGGCGAGCACCAUGGCCUGUAUCCUGGUAGGGCUGGGCCUCAUGCCCUUCAACGGCGCCUCAGCACCGGCCGUGUCGUCGACGCGACUGCGGAUUGCCGAGGAGACGGGCAAGAACGCAGUGGAAGCGUGCCAAAAGCUGGAAGAGCGUCGACCGCAGACAAUCCUGUCCAAAGAGUCCUUCCUCAACGCCAUCACCGUGCUGCAGGCCAUCGGUGGCUCCACAAACGCCAUUGUGCACUUGAUGGCCAUCAUCGGGCGUCAUCCCGGUGUCGCGGGACACAUCACCCUCGACACCAUUGACGAAAUUGGGCGCAAGACUCCCCUCUUGGUGGACUUGAAGCCAAGCGGCGAGAACUACAUGACCGACUUCCACAACACAGGCGGCAUGUUGGCUUUGCUCAAGGAAUUGAAGCCUCUGCUGCAUCUCGACGCCCUGACCGUCACGGGAAGGACGCUUGGCCAGGAGAUGGCCUCAGCACAUUAUGACCCCGUCCCCAGAGGUCUAAGCUGUAUCCAGCCUUUCGGCUCGCCACUCUACCCCGCCUCAUCACUGGUUGUCCUCAGAGGCAAUAUUGCCCCAGGCGGCGCGAUCAUGAAAGCCAGCGCCUCCAAGGAGAAGAGACUGCUAAGGCACACGGGCAAGGCUGUCGUUUUCGCGGGAUCAGCCGAUCUUGGCCGGCGCAUCGACGACCCAGACCUAGAUGUUGACCCCGACAGCGUACUGGUACUGCAGAACAUCGGCCCCGUCGGUAACCCGGGCAUGCCAGAGGCAGGCCUCAUCCCUAUACCCCGCAAGCUCGCGGAGAAAGGCGUGAUGGACAUGCUGCGGCUCUCCGAUGGGCGCAUGAGCGGCACGGCGGGCGGGACCAUCUGUCUGCACAUCUCCCCCGAAGCGGCGGAUCCCGCAUCAACACUGGGCAUCCUGCAGAGCGGUGAUGUGAUCACGCUCGACGUGGAGGACAGGAGGAUCCAUGUUGAUAUCUCGGACGAGGAGGUUGCGCGGAGAGUAGAAGCGAGGAAGGGCGUGCUUCUAAGCGAGGGCAGUACUGCCCCGUGGGCGACGAGGGAGGGGAUGAGAGGGUAUAGGGGGCUGUAUAUGAGGGAAGUGCUGCAGGCGGAGCAAGGCGCUGACUUUGAUUUCCUCACGGCAGAGGGGCCCAAGAGGUAG